AUGGAUUUCGACAUUAUAGAUGAUGUAAAGCCGAGGUUUCAACUCCAGUCUGGACCUCUGGAAUCCGAAGUUGAAGAAAAGGAGCUCAACCAUGUGCUUAUUGGGGUCUGUUCAAGCGUUGGAGUUCUUCUCCUGGCUCUCUCGUGGUUCCAGAUGGGGACGCUUCGAUUUCUAUGCCUCUGGCUCUCUCUCUCUUUAUUUAUUGGCCCCUUUGCUCCUGUAUCAUUAACAGGUGGAAAUUGUAGAGUAGGUGAGGGAGAAUUGAUUCCGGAUCUGAAUCCAUUGGAAGAAGUAUCAGCGGGUACAGAUAAGCGAGCAAAAGGCCACAAGAGAAGGUUGGAUGCGACUGUUGGAAAAGUGUCCUCAAUGGAGAGUUCUAUGCCGUCGACCGUGCCGGCUCCAAAUGACAACGUAAAUGGAAAACCUAGCAAUGCUGAUGCAUAA